AUGAAAGAACAAGAUGAGAUCCAGAAGGCUCACUGGAACACGAAACCGUUGAGUAUAUUUACGGCUUUUGUCUGGUCAAAAAGUGAAAAUUUUUCUUUUGCUCUACCAUCGUUAGAUGUAACACACGAUAAAUUUGUUGUUGAUUCUGCUUUGAAAAUCAUUUUAAAUCAUAUCGAAACAGUUCUUCCAAAUGUUGAAGAAAUAAAUUGUUUUUCGGAUGGUGCUGCUGCUCAGUUUAAACAACGUUUUCAUUUUCGAAAUUUAACACGAAUUGCUGAUGAACGUAAAAUAAAUUUGAGUUGGCAUUUUUUCGCAACUUCUCAUGGAAAGGGUGUAGUCGAUGGUAUUGGGGGUAUUGUAAAACGUCUUGUGUGGUCAGCUAUAUUGGCAGGAGGAGUGUGUCGAUCAGCCGAAGAUUUUAUUAAGCUUGCAAAGAAAAAAACUAAGAAAAUAAUUCUGAUUGAAAUCACGAGAAGUCGUAUUGAUAGCUCGAAAAGUAAGCUUGAAAAUCUUUUCAAAACGGCAAAAUCGAUACCAGAAACAUUAAAAAUGCAUUCAGUUAAAGUAGUUGAUGAAAAUGAAUUAGAAUUUCGAUAUUAUUCUACGUGUUCUGAAAAAAAAAUAUAA